AUGCCACUAUCUCCUCGACGGUCUCCGACUUGCGAGUGUGCAUGGGCACAUUCCCAUUCCCGACGCUACCAUCGUCCACCUGGAUUCUUGGACGGAGUGGAAGACGACGACGGUACGCAACACCAUCGCCGGACGACGCUGUACACGAUAACCCCGGCGGUGCCGUCGCAGAGGUGCUCUGCACUCGUUCCGGCAACGACAGACUACGCACCGAAUAGAUCAUUAAGCCAACCAUGA